GCUGGCUGAUACUCGGCUUCCGAAAGGACCAUUCUCCCUCUCUUAUAUUUAGUAAAUUUUCUCCUAUACAUUGAUAAUCAUAAUUUUCGUUAUUUAGUUUAAGAUAGUCCUCAAAGUUGUAGUUUAGGAAAGUAAAUGGCAUUAACAAAAAAUAAAAUAUUCUAAUUAAAUCCCUCAUAUUCUAUUUUCCACUAGCUUUCUUUGAAUAUGGGCUUCUAUUAGAGAGGGGGUAUUUAAUAAUUAUUUAAUAAAUUAUCCUUUAAAGGAUGAUGUUCCAAUAACUCCUUCACGACUUGCUGAAUUAAUUCGACAUUUUUAUUCGUUAGGGUGGAUGCGUGAUAAUGGAGGUGGAAUGGCUGUUGCCUGUGGAGAUGUUAUUUAUAGUUCACCAACAUCUGUGCAGAAGGAAAAACUUUCAGAGAAAGAAUUAUUUAUAAUAGCCCAAACUGACGGAAAAAUUUUGAAACGACCUGCAAAUCCAGCUUCAGUACCUUCAGCAACGGCUGGAUUGCUUUACAAAACUGGAUCUAAAUGUGUUAUACACACACAUUCAAAAUAUGCAAAUUUGCUAACACAAUUAAUUAGAGGAGAUCAUUUUGCUAUUAACAAUCAAGAAAUGAUUCAAGGAGUAGAAAAUCGUAAAACUGGACGUCGACUUGAUAAUAUUGACAGAGUUUUUGUUCCAAUAAUUGAUUCGGAAUUAAAUGAAUUAUUGUUAAGUCCAAUUCUUUUGCGAACCUUGGAAAAAUAUCCAGAGGCCUCAGCUAUACUAGUCCGUGGACAUGGCUUUUUUGCAUUUGGUUCUCAUUCAUGGCAAAGCACAAAAUUAAUGUUGGAAUGUUAUGAAUAUUUAUUUGAAUUAGCUUGUGAUAUGAUUAAAUACAAAUUGCCUUUAAUUAAACCAAUAACUAAUGGAACACAACAAAUGAGAGCUGUCUAG